UCGAAAAUAGCUUAAUUUUCGCCCAAUCCGCUUUUCGCCGAAAAGCCAAACGUUCACCCAACGAUGCGCAGACAGGUUGUUAAAUUUCUGGGAUGUGGUGAGGUACCGCUACCCGAAUUACGUUAGACACGUGAACUAUGGCGCGCUGACCUCUGCGGUCAGGUUCCGUGUGGUCUUGGAAGCUGGAAAAGAUGGGUUGAUGCUGAACUGUUGGAGUUGGAUGGAAGCAGUUAUUCUUAAGAUCGUGAUGCGGGAUGGCUGGGUUUGUACGGUUGCUACUGUUGAUUUGCCUUAUCAACGGACAUCAUCAGCUGGCUGAUCCGGAUCUGUUUGAAGGCGGAGGGUUGUACGGGUCACCGUUUGAUCGAUCCGGGUACGAGUCGGAUGUGUUUGAGCUGCUUCCGUACGAGGAUCGAUAUCACCCAGUGGUGCGACCUCCUCGGGUCAAACUCGUCAAGAAGCCACCAGUGAAGGUCGCCCCUCCUCUAAAUGCGAUUCAAAAAGUGGUUCUGACCAAGCCACCCCAUCCCGGAAGCUACUCGAUGCCCUCCACAGCGGGAGCGGUCAUCCUGGCACUGCUAGCCCAAGCCGUUGGAACCGUCUUCUUCAUGAUCUUGGCUAAGCUGCUGCUCGGAAUGAAGGCAAUGUUGGCGACCAAUACGGCCACCCUCGCAUUAGCUCUGUGGAGUCAUUUGAAGAAGAAAAUGAAGGUCCACCAUACGAAGGUGAAGAAGAUUAAACCACCCAAAGAACAUCACAAGAAAAAGAAGAAAACUCCGGAAGUGAAUUUGGUGCAGUUGAGUAAAAAGCAGUUGAAGAAGAUUGUCAAGUUGCUGAUGAAGAAAAAGAAGAAAGGUCACUGA